AUGUGUACCUCUAGCCGCACCGCCGAAAUAACCAACCUAUUCAAGGCACUGCCAGUGCGAGCAAGUGCUGCUAAUCUUGAGUGGGAUAUCAGAGACGAUUCACAAUGCGCUGGGCUUCACUCCGACUCCUGCUUCGGCAUCCGACUUUUGGAUUGCGAAAACGCAUUAGACUGGCGACUUAUGGAGACGGACCCAUAUACCACGGUUAUAGUAGCUCGGGCGCUCGUUGAGGAGGCCAUGAUUCAACUUGACGUAUUCUCACUGUACGACUCGGACGGCAACCAGGAGUUGUUAGCUCGAGGAAGAAGAUUAGCUGCCCGACACAUUUCCUUGCAGCGCAAAUUCGAGUCGAAGAUACGAAGAACAUGUUCGGUUGCUGCCAGAGCCAAGAGAUAUUACGCAGACUGCAAGGAGUUCCGGAGAGCUUGUGAGGCGGCAAUAGAGGACUGGGAAGACUUGUAA